GGUAGGUACUGACAACCAGUAAAGCCCGCCAACCUCAAGACUCCGGGGACCAAUUCAACAUGACUAAGAAGAGAAGAAAUGCCGGCCGCAGCAAGCAUGGCCGCGGUCACGUUGGCUACCUCCGCUGUUCCAACUGCUCGCGCUGCGUCGCCAAGGACAAGGCUAUUAAACGUUUCACUGUGAGGAACAUGGUCGAGAGCGCAGCCGUCCGUGAUAUUAGCGAGGCUAGCGUCUACCCAGAAUAUGUUAUCCCUAAACUUUACAUCAAAAUUGCAUAUUGCGUCUCCUGCGCAAUCCACUCGCAUGUCGUUCGCGUGAGGUCACGCGAGGGUCGCCGCAACCGUGCCCCUCCCCCACGUAUCCGUUGGAAGGAUGGCAAGAAGGUCAACCCGGCAGUGGCUGCUGCCGAGGACGCGAAGGCUGGCAAGGCAUGAGACCUGUCCUCCCUAUAGGUGGUUUUGUUAUGUAAUAUGCAGCCCGAUGUAUCAUUCUCAUGCCCAAUAUCCACACAUAACAUCCUCCAUCGGCGCGAAUAUCUUGGGCGACAGUAGCCGUUCUAUGUUGUACUGUUUCGCGUGAACAACCGCACGAUCUUUUACUAUAGCAAGGUAGUUCAGAUAUGACCAGCGUGGAGCUGUAGCUUGUACUGGUCACCUGCAGGUGAGGGAACGGGACUUCUACCAGGC